AUGGGAGAAUAUGGGUUUCAUAGAGAAGCUUCUAUCAAGCUCUCUGUGUUCGCAGCUCUCUUUUCCCGGUCCAGCUUAAAACCACCAUUGCAAUCAUCAUCAUCCCAGCAAUCAAAUGGCCUCGUUCGCCUCCAUCUCCCCCGUCCCCCCUCCUCCCUCCUGUCCUCUCUCCCUAAAACCCUCUCCUCCUUCCUCCUCUCCCCUUCUCCUUCGCUUCCUCUUUCUCGUCCCACCCUCCUGCUCUCCCGCUCCCAUCGUCUCUUCCCCACCAUCUCCACCCCCAUCCCCUCUCCCCCUCUUCGUACCCUUUCUCACGAGCUAUGCGAUGAAGAAUUCGAGCUCUCCGUCUCGGACGUGGUAGCGGGCGACGAGGUAGAGGAAAAAACCGUGCUCUCCGACAACGAAAGAAGCGAAGGAACGGAACCACCGGGCAGUGCCUCGCUGCCGAGCUACCCGUCCCCGAAGCUGAGCGUGAAGGAGAAGAAAGAGCUGGCUUCGUACGCCCACAACCUCGGGAAGAAGCUCAAAUGCCAGCAGGUUGGCAAGGCCGGUGUCAACCCCUCGGUUGCUGCCUCCUUCAUCGAGACUCUCGAGGCCAAUGAGCUCCUCAAGCAAGCGGCUCACUACUUGUCCUUACGAUGCAAGCAGCUCAAAGUGCACGGAAGCUGCCCAGGAGAGCUAAACGAUGUGGUAAAACAACUUGAAACUGCAACUGGAUCAGUUGUUGUUGGUCAGAUUGGGCGGACAGUGAUUCUUUACAGGCCUAGCCUCACCAAAAUGAAAAGAAAAGAGACCCAGAGUGCCAGAAAUGGAUCAAAUGCGAAGUCGACAAAAUCUGGCAUCACCCAGAAGAUGCAGAAGAAAGGUCAAGUAUUUAAAGCAUCUGCUCGUGGACAACGCUAGAGACAACACCAUGUUUUAGCUCCUUUCAUACUCCAUGCCAGAAAUUGGGUAGCUAAUCAUGCUGAUCUGCUCUGAAGCAGGAAGCUUGAGAGCAAGGUGCUGUUCUUUUUCCCCAUACGCUAAUGAGCAUCAUGUCGGCAGCAAGUUAUUAUCUCUUAUGCACUUUUACUGGGGAAAUUGUUAAAAGAAAAGGAGAAUUGGAGGCAAGAUGUGUCAGUUUUCCCAACUCUGCCCUAUGAUGUAAUUAUCAUGUAAGUGUACUAUCGGAUAGGAGGCUUGAAUCUCAUAUGCAUGUAAUAGUGUCAUUUUGAUCUGCAUGUCUCCUGCUAAUGAUUGUCUUUUUUCGUUUUC